UGCGGUGGUUGUCUUCAAGUGUCGUGCAUGCAUUUUGUGCAUCCAUUUUUUUUUUUUUUUGCUUUCUUCUUCUAUGCUCUGUAGACUCUGCAUGCACACAUUCAACUUUCUCUCUCUAAAAAUCUAAAAAAAUUCUCUCUUUUUUUUGUUCUCUCUCUAAAUUCUCUGUAAUUGAAUCUUUAUCUGCUCUGUUUAUCUCUUCAUCGAAAACCACCGACCAACCACCGACCACCGACCACCGCCGAUAAUUUUUUUUUGACAGUGUGUGUUUGACCCAUUUUUUCUGCUGAAGAUUAAGUUCAAGAUUCUAUAAUUUUUGUGCUCAUGCUAAGGUUGAUUUUUCAUCUGGGUAUUCGCUACAUUUGAUAUUGGGCUAAGGUUUGAUUUUUAGGGGAAAAAUGGGGUCAAUGAUUUGCAUGAAUGAGCUUUGUCGUGCAACGACGUCGUCUGAAUGGAAGAAAGGUUGGGGAUUCAAAUCCGGUGGAUUUGCUAAGCUUUGCUACAACUGCGGAUCUGCUUUUGAGAAUUUAAUUUUCUGUGAAACAUUCCACCCGGAUGAAUCUGGUUGGAGGGAAUGCAGAACGUGUAGAAAGCACAUACACUGUGGGUGCAUUGCCUCAAAAUAUUUGUAUGAGUACUUGGAUUAUGGAGGUGUUGCAUGUAUAAACUGUGCACGUCAUUUGGAUGGUCAUUCCAUCAGACCAAUACAGGUACCUGGUGAUGAUCUUUCUAAUGGCACCUUGGGAUCUAAGAGUGCACAGCCACUUGGCGUUGAGAAUAAAAUGGAUGAGAAUGACUUUGACAGAAGGAGGCUUAUGCAGACCAAUGAGCCUUGUCAACUCUUUCAAACUCAAAGGAAUGACAAGAAACAAGAGACGAUGCUUCCUAUUGGUAAUGUCAGUACAUGCUUUUCAAAUCUGAACCAGCAGAAUAUUGGAGCUUCUCUAUUUGGCAAACCCGAUAAUGAGAGACCAAGUCAAGGUGUUAAAGAUAUGUAUGAAUCGAUCAAUCAGCCGUCUCUAAAUUUCUCUUUGAGCACUCCAAUUGGUACUUCAAGUUCAGGCCAGCCUUUUCUUGGUGGAGAUGUUGAAGGAAGGGAACAAAGCAAAACUUCUCCCUUCCAACAGGGACAAAGGGCACGCCAUAUAUUGCCCAAGCCCCCCAAACCUAGCCCCACCUCAGGUUCUGAAUCAAUCAAAGGAAUGGCUUCACAAGCGCGGAUUGCAAGGCCACCUGCUGAAGGGCGUGGUGGACGCAAUCAGUUACUGCCUCGAUACUGGCCUCGGAUUACAGACCAGGAGUUGCAGCAAUUAUCUGGAGACUUAAAGUCUACUAUUGUACCACUGUUUGAGAAGGUCCUAAGUGCCAGUGAUGCUGGACGAAUAGGCCGUCUGGUUCUUCCCAAAGCAUGUGCUGAAGCAUACUUUCCUCCAAUUAACCAAUCAGAGGGUCUACCUAUAAGGAUUCAGGAUAUAAAGGGUAAAGAGUGGACAUUUCAAUUCAGAUUUUGGCCCAAUAACAACAGCCGGAUGUAUGUCUUGGAGGGUGUUACCCCUUGUAUACAAAAUAUGCAAUUGCAAGCUGGUGAUACUGUGAUAUUCAGUCGAAUAGAUCCGGGAGGAAAACUUGUUAUGGGAUUUCGGAAGGCAACGAACAAUGUUGACAUGCAGGAUUCUCAAAUGCCUUUACUUCCCAAUGGCAAUGGCUCUGGAGAAACUUCAUUUUCUGGCAUGGCUGAUAACUUUCCGGUGAGUGUUUACUCUAGUCUUCUAGGUCUUUUUGCAAAGCAAGUAUUGUCGCAUGUUGCAGCAUUUGCAUUUUCUCUUUCCCGUAAUGCGAAUUCUUUUUUCCAUCCAAAACAUGAAAAGAAUGGAGGCAGGACAAGCGAGGAUACUGUGAACAGGCAAGUGCUGAUGUCAGAGAAGAAAAAGGCAAGAAACAUCGGGUCCAAAAAUAAGAGGCUUCUUAUGCAUGCUGAUGAUGCUAUGGAACUUAGAAUCACUUGGGAAGAAAUACAAGAGUUGCUACGGCCAUCUCCAACUGCCAAGCCUAACAUUGUUGUGAUUGAGGACUGUGAAUUUGAGGAAUAUGAAGAAGCACCGAUUUUUGGAAAGAGGACAAUAUUUACUGCCCGAUCUUCUGGGGAUCAGGAGCAAUGGGCUCAAUGUGACAGCUGUUCUAAAUGGCGUAGAUUGCCGGUGCAUGUUCUCCUUCCUGCAAAGUGGACUUGUUCAGACAAUAUUUGGGACUCAAGAAGAUGCUCUUGUGCUGCUCCAGAUGAGAUUAGUCCGAGGGAACUGGAAGCUCUCUUUAGAGUUGGCAAGGAUCCUAAGAGACGAAAACUUGUAGACAACAAUGAAGAUUGUGAGUCUUCUGGCCUAGAUGCCUUGGCGACACUUGCUGUUUUAGGAGAUAACAUUGGUGACAUGGGAGAGCCUUCAGUUGGAGCCACAACAAAACAUCCCCGUCAUCGCCCUGGUUGUUCUUGCAUUGUGUGCAUUCAGCCUCCAAGUGGGAAGGGCAAGCACCAUCCCACAUGUAAGUGCAAUGUCUGUUUGACUGUGAAACGUCGUUUUAAGACACUCAUGAUGCGUAAGAAGAAAAAACAAUCAGAACGAGAAGCGGAACUUGCACAGGCAAAGGAUCAGGUCCCUCCUAAAGAUGAAUCAGAAACAGACGGGAUGACGAGUGGAAUAGAGUUGCUUCAAAUGAAUCAUUCCGAAAACGAACACAUGAAUCACUCCGACAAUGAAAGGAAUUCAAAUGGGGAUCAAGUGGAGGAGUUUGGACCCGGGAAGGGACAGUUGGACCUGAACUGCCAUCCGAACCGUGAUGAUGACAUGCUAGCUGAGGCCACUGCUGGAAUGAGCAUGACCUCCCUCGUUAAUGCUGCCAACCUUCCCCUGGAGUAUCUAACGCAGAACAGGCUCGAGAGUUUGGGCAACUCUUUACUGUCAGAAGCUGCAGGUGAGAGUGAAGGGCACCAUCCUAAUAACGGAUUCGUGAAAACUGCAGAGGUUGAACUGGAUAGUAAAGGCGACAAAUCGUAAUUUCUUUUGCGUUUUUUUCCCAGUUAUAUGAGCCUUUUGUUAAGAUAUAUAGUGUUGUUCAAAACCUCAUUGUUGAGGUGUUAUACAUACUCACAGUUGGAGGAGUCUGUUGUGUCUUCAAUUCCUUCACUUUUUGUGGGUUCUCAUACAUACCUUCUGCUGGAAAAUGUACUUUGUUCUUUUGCCUAAUGUGUACUCUCUAUCAAGGAAAAGCUACCAAAGUU